GAGGGCAGUCAGCCUUACAGUUCUUAAAGAUGACUUCACACUGAAAAGGAAGAAUGCAGUCUGGGUGGUGGAAGGCAUGGCAAACCAGUAAAGUCUUCUUCAGUGAAGUUUCCACAUGCUUAUUUAGGUGCUGAGGUGAAGAGGAACACAAUGAAUUUGACUCAAGAAUUGGCUGUUUAACAUCCAUUUGAAACUUAAGAGGAACACAGCAGCAGCCCUUCUGAAUCCUUCAAGUCUCUCUGCCCAAAAGACAUGGGCUUCUGGAUUAUUUUACCCAUCAUACUCUGUGCCAUCUCACUCAUCGGGUGCUGGGUGGUGUAUGGCCUUGCAAUAAGCUUCAACCAUGUCUGCCCACUCAGUAACUGGGAAUACAGAAACUCAUGUCUGACAAAUGAAACUGAGAUGUGUUGCACAGUCGAUAAUGUACCUACUAUAAGUUCAAGUGGAACCAAUUUUCCAGAAAAUUCCCUCUUUAGUGCUACAAUCAAUGCUGGUUCUUUUUUGUUCCUGGUUUUCUGUAUUUUCCAUCAUGCACAUAUCGUGGAAAAGAGCAGCAUCAACAGCCUCCUCAGUAAAUUUGCCAUGGUUUUCGGUUGUGUCGCAGCCAUCGGUGCAUUUGUGGCUGGGAACUGCAAUCCGGCAGAGCUGGUGUUGCUGCAUUACCUCGGUGCUGCUCUGAGCUUUGUGUGUGUCUGCUUCUACACCAUUUUGCUGACCUCUCUGACCAGUAGGUGUGCCCUCACAGGACUGGAGUGCUUCCUCUACCCAAUACGCAUCAUCUUCACCAGCAUCCAGGUCGUAGUGACCAUCUUUUACUGUAUCUUCUUUGUCCAAAAGGACUACUACUACAAGCACAUCUCUGCCAUCUUUGAGUGGACACUCAGCGUGAACCUGGAGCUCUUUGAACUCAGCUACGCUGUAGAGUUUUACUUUUUCUCCUCAGCGAUGCUCUCAGUACUUCUUGCAAAGAGAGAUGAAGAGAAGCCGCUCAUUUUGUCCUGAUGACUGGCAUUACAUCCACCUUAGAUUAUUUAUUUUCUCUUUUUUCCUUUAUGGAUUACUUCUGCACUGUCACAGUUUCCCUUUAUACAUAUUGUUAUGUUUUCAGUUACACCUGAACAUAAUAUCUCCUUAGCAGGGUUGGACAAAACAUAAAGUAAUGAUGGCCAAAUACUGAAUACACUAUAACAAAUGUAUUUAGUAACAUAUUCCGUUACAGUACAUUAAAAAGUACCAUAUUCAGAAUACAUUUGCAAUACGUCUACAGUACAUCUUGGUAAGCUACAUGGGAAAAACUUUUUUUGUUAACUUAAUUCACACCGUUUGUCGCCGUUACUAGUUUGCAGUUUUCCCCAUUGCAUUUCAUAAAAAAAAAGCUUAUCAUUUAAAAGAGGUUUUCGUUCACCCUCUGCCUCCGUCCACUGCUGCUCACACAAUCCCUCUAGCAGGAAUGAGUGUGUUUACAUGCACUCCGUAAUCAGAUCUGGAUUUCUGUAGUUAUCUGAUUUUUCAAAUGGUCAUGUAAACAGCAUACUCCA